AUGCCGGUUAUGAAGCGGUAUGUUCUGAGAUUGUUCAUAUCAUUGAAGUACAUUACUGCAAACGUGGUAGAUAGAAACAACGGUCGGAUUGUAGCAACAUCAUCCACUGCAGAACACACUAUUAAAGAGUCGCUUGAGUGUGGCAGGUCCUGCAAUGCUAAAGCAGCUACAGUUGUUGGGGAGGUAUUAGCCAGGCGGCUCAAAGUUGAGGGCCUUAAUGAAGGAGAAGGAAGAGGGAUUCAUGCAAACAUAGGUAAAGAAGUAGGGAAGAAAGGAUUUAAGAACCAAACAAAGGUUUGGGCUGUUGUGAAUGCUCUUAAGAACAAUGGAGUCAAACUCAUUCUCGAUGAUGAAAAUGAUGACACAAAUUUUUGA